AUGCCGUGUAGGGUUAAUUACUGUGCAUCUUCUAAUAUUCUAAUUGUAAGUCUGAGUUCAAUACAUAAUUGUGACCGUAACAUGGUGCUUCUAAAUCAAAGAACAAGAGCAGAAAUUCCCUCUGACUGGGCUGACCAUAUAGCGCAGGCAAGACGUGUCCCGUCUCCAUUCAUAGUCGAGGAGUGUGAACAAAACCUCUUCAGAAAUUGGACGCUCCACUUUAAGCCUAAACCAAAAUGCCCAUUUGCCAGUAGACCAAUACGAGAGCUGAGAGUCCACGAUAGUUAUCCACAUUUGAUUUAUCACAGAGACAGCUAUAAUGGACCAUGGCUUUCCUCAGUUGUGGCCAACAAAAAAUACAAGGCCCCGAAAUGCACCGAAACUGAAUUUAUUCAUCCAACUAGCUUGUAUGAAAAAUUAAUUCCAAUAUCAGAAGCUAAAUAUAAAGACUUACAAGAUCUUAGCAAAUUUUGCUCAGAGACAGCAGGGGUUUUUUACUCAGGCCUAUCAAAAGGACUUCUAGUAGAUGAUGAUGAAGACUUAUAG